UUAUAUAUUUGUCUUGAUUUCUUUCUUUCUUUUUUUUGAACUUUCUCCUUUGUUUUCUUUUCUCUCUUCUUUCUUCGUUUUUACCUUUUGUUUCUUAAGAACAUUUUUCUUUGCCUGAUCACCUUUGAACUAAUCUAAAUAAUAUUCUGCUAUGAUAAUUAAAAGUUAAUAUAGUGAUUUCAAAUUAAUUAUGCCUGCUGAAUACUCAAAAGCAUUCUUCAUUGAGUACCCUGCCCAUCAAUGGGCAUUUCAAAAGUAUUUUGAAUUAACUCAUAAUGGCAUAAAUAAUUUGAAAAACUAUAAAUUGCUAUUGCGACAUUAUUUAAAUGAUGGUGGUUGGAUUAGCGGUUUAGAAUCUGUGCCAUCGCAGAUUAAAGACGAUGUAUCUUCCUUGAAAACUGAAAAAAUGAUAAUAAUAUAAUUACAUAUAAUAUAAAAUGUUUUUCAUGUGAUGUAUUAACCUGUCUGGCAUCUAAAGUCAACCAAGGAAGGGUCAUGAGUUAAUGCUUCUUUAUUAUUUUAGUCUUGAAGUACAUAACAUCAUUCGAUGUGACUUGGUAGUUUCAGGUCG